AUGGCGGCCGCGCCGGCGGCGUUGACGGCGGAGGACGUGCUGGAGGUGUCGGGGGAGGACGACCUGCGCUGCGUCACAGACCUGGUCCUGCGCCACCGCGGCAUCGCCAGCGUGCCCGAGGAGCUGGCGGCUUCCCUGGUCGCGCUGAAGAUCCUGUCGCUGUCGCACAACCUUCUUUCGACGCUCGGGUCCGCGUUCGGGCACCUCCGGGCGCUCGAACGCCUCAACGUGGGGUUCAACGCACUCACGUCUUUGCAAGGGAUUGAGAACUGCGUGGCCCUGACGCAUCUAUAUGCCCCAAACAACCGCAUCCGCGACAUGGGACCGCUGUCGAAGCUCACGAGGCUCGAGACGGUGUGCCUGCUGCGCAACUCGGUGCCGGAGCUCAAGGGCGAGGUCGUCAUACCGCUGCUGGGUCUGACACGAGUCAGGGAAUUGGACUUGGCAGGGAAUCCCUGCGCGACGUCCGACGACUACGCCGCGACGCUCGCGAACGCGCUUCCGUCGCUCGAGACCCUCGACGGCGACCCGCUCGACCGCGCGGAGCUCUGCGGCGCCCCGGCCGACG